AUGGAGAAUACUACAAAGGUGACUCAUUUUAUCCUGCUGGGUCUAACCAACACUGCAGAUCUUCAGAUCCCACUCUUUGUCUUGUUCACCCUCAUUUACCUCAUCACUCUGACUGGAAACCUGGGGAUGAUGGUGUUAAUCAUCUUGGACUCUCGUCUCCACACUCCCAUGUAUUUUUUCCUCAGUAACCUGUCUUUUGUGGACUUGUGUUACUCUACAACCAUCACUCCCAAGGUCAUUGCUGAGUUCCUUAUACAAGACAAGGUCAUCUCCUACAAUGCCUGUGCUGCUCAGAUAUUCUUUUUCAUAGCCUUGGCCACUAUGGAGAUUUUCCUCUUAGCCUCUAUGGCUUAUGACCGCUAUGCAGCAGUGUGUAAGCCUCUCCAUUACACCACCACCAUGACGACAAGUAUGUGUGCUCACCUGGUCAUAGGCCCCUACAUCUACGGUUUCCUGAAUGCCUCCAUUUACGUUCGAAACAUAUUCAACCUCUCUUUCUGUAAGUCCAACGUGGUCCAUCAAUUUUUCUGUGAUUUUCCAGCAGUUACGGCUCUCUCUUGCUCUGAUAAACAUAUUAAUGAGUUGAUUCUUCUUUUUAUGUCAAGCUUUAAUGUAUCUUUGGCUCUUCUGCUUACCUUGAUUUCCUAUCUAUUUAUAUUUAUCACCAUACUUAAAACU